CCUCUCUCUGUCUCCUACACAGAUAAACAGUCAGGUUUGAUUGUGCUUUGGCUUUAAUUCCUCUUUGUGGAGUCAGUGGGUGCAGAUGUCUCGCUGCCUGGCUCCCCCCUCCAGCUCCUCUUCCGCUGCACGUUCAAACCGCGCCGCCUUCGCCCUGUGCCUCUCUCGACACCGACUGUAACGGCUGCCGCUGGGCAGGGAAUGCCAGGGCAGCAUGUUGGCCCGAAACGCUGCUGAGACCGGGUGGGAGGCCACUGAAUCCCAACGGGACCUCGAGUAGAAGGAGGAGGCGAGCCUGCAAUCACAAUGCCAGAAAUGACAGAAAAUCAGACACCUAUGCAUAGGACUCACAGGAAGAAAAAUAGAGAAACUCACAAUGCAGUGGAAAGGCAUCGCAAAAAGAAGAUUAACACUGGAAUAAACAAAAUUGGAGAACUUAUUCCAUGCUCGCCUGCUCUGAAGCAGAGUAAAAACAUGAUAUUAGACCAAGCAUUCAAGUACAUAUCAGAUUUGAAGAAACAGAAUGAUGAACUCCUAUUAAAUGGAGGAACCAAAGAACAAAGUGAAGAGAUUAAAAGACUUCGAAAGCAAUUGGAUGAGCUACAAAAGGAAAAUGGACGUUAUAUGGAAUUACUGAAGGCCAAUGAUAUCUGCUUAUAUGAUGACCCUACGAUUCACUGGAAGGGAAAACUAAAAAAUGCAAAAGUUACAAUGGUUAUUUCUUCUAACCAGAUGCAAGAGGACAUAUUAGUUUACUCAGAUGGAAAUCAACUGAAUAGCAACUGCCAAGAAGCAGUAAUACAGAAUCUGUACAAUGUUAAUCCUAGUCUACCAGAGGAGAGUAUGAAUAUUCUCCCUGGGCAGAAAAAUAAUCUAUCAGAAACUAGUCUUGAUAUUAUUGUGCCAGUGGCAGUCCCAAAUAUCUGCCCAUUAGAAAAUAAUGCCCCGGUUCAGACAGCACAGAUUUCACAGCAAGAAGUUACAAAGUGUCUUCCUACAACGAGAUCUUCUCAGACUGAUGUUCCAUGUACCACCAGCAGUACUGUACAGAGUGUGCUUAAUAUUCCACUUAACAAUACUGGAGAGAUGGAGCUUCAGUGUCCUCCUAGCAGCUGUCCUACAAGCUGCUCUUCACAGAUUCUAGAAUGUUCCAAAGGCAAAUUUGGACAGAGCGAUUUGGAAGCUGCCAACAGCAGUUCUACACAGAGCACAGAUGUUUCUCGUAGCACAUGUUUUGCUCUGACAUUACAGUCACAGCAAACGGAUACAUCAUGCGCAAGUCUUGACAACUCUAACACAACACAGGAACCAGCUUUUGGAUCACUGCCACAUGCCUCAUCCAGCCAAGAUGCUGUGUUUGGAUCUACAAGAUUAUCCAUUAUGGAAUGCUCACAAAACCUAUUAGGUUUAAACAUUGGCAAAAGUACACCUUUGUCAACUAGCAGUCUUGUUGCUCCAUCUCAGUCUUUUAAAGCGGGAGCAAUAUCUAAUACAGGUGUAAUGCCGUCUUGUCCAAUAGCCAGCUCUUGGACUGUCUCUUGCUCUGCUUCUACAAAUGUUGGCACUUCGGAUUCAAACAGUGUCAGUACUUUUACACGUAUGGCAUCCUCAGGCAACACACAAACUACAUGGACUACAUUACAACUAGAGGGCAACACUGUACUUCCCAUGAGUCAAGUUGGCUGCAGCAUUGUGCCAACAUCAUUAAGUGAUGACGUAAAUACCAGAAAUUCCUUCUCAUUUUCUGAAAGUGGGCCAUCAAAUAAUAAUGUAUCUGUAGUUCCAUCUUCCUCUUCAGCAACAUUGAAUGGGGUUUCCCUUUGUCCUGUUUACAAACCACAACUUAAACAACCGGUAGCAGUUACUGUGCCCUCUGUCCAACCUUUACCAUUGCAGCCAAUCCCACCGCAGCCUCAAAUUCCAGCUCAAUCAGCAACCAAGGUUGUUUCAUUACUUCCACCUUUACAGGUGAUUCAGAUGGCUCAUGCUUCAGUGCCAUCGGUUUCCUCCACUCCAGGCAAUCAGAACUUGAUAAUUCUUCAGCCAGCUAAUCCAAGUUCGCCAGCUGUGGUCAGAGGGGGCAUUAGCAGUCAUACGCCAGGCCAGCAAAUUGUGAUCAUUCAAGCAGCUAGCCAGAAUGCAGUAUCAGUUGUUCCUGCUCAAGCAAAUAACAGGGUACCAAUCCUUGAUACCAAUCAAGUUGUGUGUAGUAGCAAUAACGUACAGAGCACAUCAAGUGUUCAAACUGUUGGAGGAAAACACCUUGUUCACAUAUUACCAAGACCAGUUUCUUCAUCUGCAUCUGCUAACUCACAGUCGUUUUCAAGUCCGCAACAGCAGACCAUCUCUGUGAAUGGACAAUUGUUUGCUUUGCAGCCAGUAAAGCAAUCUGGAAUCUCUACCCAGAAUCCUAUGCAGAUUAUUCAGCCAACGACCAGUGCAGAUCCAAAUACCAAUGUUGCCCUUAAAACGUUUGGUGCAUUGACUAACCUCAAUAAAAGUAUCUCGCAGAUGGCAGGGCAAGGUUGCUUGCAGAUAGCUAGUACUCAAAUACCUAAUCCUCCAGCAACAGUUAAUACCCAGAUGAGCUCUGUCAGUAACUGUGUAGCUGACACAACAGUAGUUAAUAUUAGUACAGAUAUUUUGAGGACUUCAUUGAAUUCAGCAACAUUGCACCAAGCUUGGCCCACGACAAACUCUUCACUAAAAUCUUCUCUUGGUGUCUCCUCAAACUGCAAAUCCAAAAAGGUUCAAAAGAAACCCCUUUCUUCCAAACUAUCUGCCACAAAGAAGGUCACAAAUAUUGGGAAUAAAUCAAAAACAUCCCCUAGUAGGCCUGAAUUUAUUAAAUCUAAUAGCAAAGAUAACCCCUCACAGCUUUUAACCAGUGAAGAUCAUGUUUUGUCACAGAAGAGUUUGACAAUAUCUCAGCCAUCAUCAGUAUCUCAGAUACUGACAUCAGUCACAUCUACAGUAAACCUUUCUACCACCACUUCCACUGACAUAUUAGAUACACAACAAAUGCCAAAAUUAUCAGAGGGAUUCUCCCAAAAUGUAGCGGCAUGUUUAGCUGAACCAGCAUCUUUAUCAGUGCCAGUUGAACCUGGCACUGAAUCUAGCAUAGUAACUGAGAUGAUAGUCACAUCUGUUUUAGAUGAUUCCUUGCCACCGGCUUCAUCACAAGAUGAAUUGGCUAAAAUUGUUUCAUCUGCAGAUUGCUCACCGUGUGUAAUCACAGGUGUGUCAACAUCACUUCCUGCAUCAUUAUCAUACUGUUCAAAUGCUUCUCUUGAAGUUUCAGAAACAUUUACUAUGGACAAAAAUAAUAGUUUAAUUGAGUUGCAGACUGCUGUGGAAAAUGCAUGCAAUACAUCUGUGGUAACCAGUGAUACAUCACAAUUGGAAUCUUUCACUGAAUCGCAACAAAAAAGGAGUAAGACCGAGGAAGUCAGGACCCAAGAUUGGAACAAAGAACGGUUGGAAAUAAGCAAUUAUUUGAUGAAUAAAGAAAUACCCAACCAGGAGGAUUGUGACACAAUAAGUGGAGUCACACAUAGUGACAAGCCCUCAUCGACUCAGAAAAACUCUUCAUUGUCAGUGCUGAAAGAUUCGUGUUCUAGCAAUGAAUUAUCUGUGGACAAUUCCAAGCAGACACCAUCCAGCAUGUUGUUUUAUGAGAAGGAUGAACAUCAGAAAGAUGUUUUGUUGGCGAGUACAGAAGGUGAAACUGUUGCACAGCAUCAUUUGUGCAAUCCAGAUCAAGAAAGUAUAGGAAACUCUUUGAUUAUCAAUCGGCAGACUGAGUCACCCAUGUCCACUAGCUCUGGUAGCAGCCGUGGAUUUUCUGUUGCUUCAAUGCUACCAGAUACAACCCGAGAAGAUGCCUCAUGCACAAUGACCAGUACAUUGAAUAACUGCAGUUUGUCAGAACAGAAUGAUAUAGUGGCUCUUGCUGCUAGGGCAAUUUUUGAACAUGAAAGUCCUGGGAAAAGUAUAAUCACAGAUGUUACUGUAUGUGAUAUGCAAUCUAAAGCUCAAAGAGCUUCAUCUGCUGAAAAAGAAAGCUGUAGAAGUCAACAACCUGCGAAAAGCCUUGGAGAUAAAGUUCGUACUAAUUUGAUAGAAGCUGGUUCAGUUGAAGGACAAGCCCAUCGAUCACUAUUACUGGACAUUAGCAUACCAGGGACCUCUUUAAGUAAGAAUUCUACUGUUGCAAAACAAACACCAAGCACGUCACUGAUUUCUACAUCAUCGUCAGCUUCUGUCACUGCCAGCUUGAGUGUAAUUAAUCUUGUGUGCCAUAGCGAAGCAAACCAAAUUCAUGUUUGCUCUUCUGGUCUGACACAACCUGCAGAGCAACUUCCAGUUUGUGUUACAGCUAGUCUCUCAAGUAGAUCCAGUUCCUACACUGCCCAAUCUUCUGAACCUACUCUAUUAGUAGAAUAUUCUCAUGAACAGUUAAAUUCAAUAAAAGGUACGGUGCAGGCUUCACAGGUUCAGGGAGCACAUUUAAAGCAAAGUAAUAAUAUUCGAAAGGAUGCAACAAAGCGUAUUGUGACAGAUGAUCACCUAAUUUCUACGCCAAAAAGGCAAAAACAAUGCACGAGUAUAACCUCGAGACUUGAAGGAAAGACAACGCUAAAUACACUUCCUGAAAUUAUUCCCGAAUGUGGCCAAUCAUUUAUUAGCCAGUUAGCAUCAAAUUCUUCAACCUCUUUAGUAUCCAGUAGUAGCCCAGGACACAUGGACAGUCUAAGCACCUUAUUCCCUCCAACUAAUUUCCUGAGUUCUAAUCCUGUUGGUACUUUAAGACAAAUUGAAACCCAUUGCAGUGUACAGCCAUCAAUUCAAGAAACCCAAGGACUGCAAAGCAGGCAGCAGCUACAACAGCAUAUGGUGUCACAGCAGAAUAUCUCUUCACAAGCUGGACUUAAUCUUCAUCACAGCCACACUUACUACAAGCACCAUCAGGGACAGAUGAGAGAAAGGAAUUUAUAUCAGUUUCAACAUCACCUUUCACAAGCUGAGCCCUCAAUCCAACAGCAGACUCACAGGGUCCAGCAAUCCCGGACCACACAGCAAGAUGUUCAGAUGCAGAAAAAAAGAGGCCUUAUUCGAGGAAAUCCAACGCCCCAACUGCCCUUGCAGCAAAAAACACAUCCUGGUGGGAAUGACCAAGGACGACAGAAAGGGAAUCACCAUCAUCAUCAGCACAUUCAGCAGCAAAUGCAGCAUUCACAUUUCGGGAAUUCUCAUCAAGAAAAAGGAUGUGAUAAUUCCAUAACCAAUAGAAAUCAUCACAGCAGCCAUACACAGAAUCUCCACGGUCAAGAUCUGUUGCACCAACAACAGCAUCAUGAUAAUGGAAGCAAUAGACAACAGGGUUCAGGUGUCUCUUUAGAGCCAGUAUCUGGGCAAUCUCGCAUUCAGAGGUUGAUGUCAUCAAGAUCAUUGGAACAACAAAUGGAUGCCAAAACAAAUCCUGUAUCGCGGCAUUCUGAUAUACAAUGUGCUCCCCACAGGCAAGAAAGAAAUAGGGUUUCCAGUUAUUCUGCAGAGGCCCUUAUAGGCAAAACGCCUUCAAGUACAGAGUCCCGAAUGACAAUGACUGUACAACCCUCUAGAAAUAAUCUGGAGCCAUCUGAAAUGAGAACCUAUCUUGAUCUUUCAAUGAGCAAAAGUAUGCCAGUACACAAUUUGCAGACUAAAUUGUCAAUGGAUCAUACUAUGAAUACUGAUGUUCAAGGACUUUCUGAUUGUUCUCCUUUUAAAGUGAGUGUAACAAGUCAAGCAGUAGGUACAUUUGAGGUACAGAAUUCAAGAAACAACGAGAUAGUCAGUACUGUACCUUCACACAGAGGAAUGCAAUCACAUGGCUUUAGACUUGGUCAGAAUUCUGGGGCUGAAAGACAACCAAGAUUGCCUUAUUUGCCAAUGCAAGGGAUUACAUCAGGAAGUGGAGUUUCUCUAAGAGAAAAUGAUGGUUCUUGCCCUCAGAGUUUUAUGCAAGGUCUAUUGCCUCCUCACCUUAGUGAACAGAUGAGUGGAAACCAAAGGGCAAUGUCAGAACAUUCGAGAAAUAAUCAGUGUGGCCCACCAGGAAGCAUAGAAUACAAUUGCCCACCAAUAAGAGAGAGUGUCCACCUUAGGAGAGAGGGUGAAAUGCAAAACCAUGACAGUUGUGACAUGAAUUUGGUCACAUUGAGUUCUAGAAACAGUACUUUGAGUAUCUCGUAUUCGAAUCCUUCGGUGGGAGAAAUCCAAGGCCGAAAUAUAAGUCCAAAUGUUGCUGCACAGAAGAACUCACUGAGAAUGAAUGAAACACAAGGAAAUAAGUGUAAUCCAAAUGUACAAGGGUCUACCAACAUGCAUGGAGCAGUUAGGUCAGUGUUGUCACACCCUGCAGUGCCCCAUGGCAGCAAUGGGCAAGGCCACUCAAUUCAACCACCAAAUUCUGUUAGUCAACGAACACGUCAUCAAACACAGGAUGGUCCUGGUUCCAAAAUGCGUCAGACUGAGCGAUCUCGGUCUGGGAACCAUAGAACUGGGAAUGUCUUUGCCCAUGGUCUACAGUUACCGUUGACAUCCAAUAGUGGUAUGAUUCUUGGUCGUCAGCAGCCCCAAGCUGCACGGACAGGAAGUAUUGUACGUUUUAUGGCUGAAGGUCAGCAGGUACCCAAUGAUAAUUUAACUCCUGACCAGCACUCACUACCACAGAACUUUGGAUUUCCAUUCAUACCAGAAAGUAGUAUGAACUCUCCAAUGAAUGCCAACACAUCAUUUAUUCCUCCUGUAACUCAGCCAGGCUCUACUCGUACUCCAGCUCUCAUACCGGUGGAGCCUCAGAAUACACUGCCAUCUUUUUAUCCACCAUAUUCUCCUGCCCACCCGAACCUCUCCAAUGACAUCUCAAUACCUUACUUUUCCAAUCAGAUAUUUACAAGUCCAAGCACAGAAAAGGCUAAUGGUGGCGGACUGAAUAACCCAUUUGGUUCCAUUUUGUCUCCACCUCGGCCUGUUGGUUUCCCACAGUCAAGUUUUCCUCUUCUUCCUGAUAUACCACCCAGACCAAUGGCCAAUACUUCAAGCAUUACACCGCAUUUAUCAAAUUUUAAUUUGACAACUCUGUUUCCUGAAAUUGCAACUGCUCCUCUUGCUCCAGAGGGGUCAGCAAUGCCUAUGUCACCUUUGCUGCCUUUAACAAACCCAGCUAUUUCAGAUAUCUCCAAGCAACACCAGAACAGAUCUGCUCAUAAUAUAAGCCAUAUAUUGGGCCAUGAUGGUAAUUCAGCUGUUUAAACUAAACCAUGCUUUACUUUUUAAAACCUCUUCUAGUUAUGUAUGUAAUAAUGGAUGGUUGGCAUGAAUUAGACUUUUUUGGUCUUCAACUGGUCUUAUCAUAACUUGUGCACAAUUAACAAAGAAAAUGAAGAGCCUAAAAGUCUAUAGUUCACCCAGACCAGCCAUUAUUUGUUUGGUAUACAUAAGGUACUUUUUCCUUGGUUCCAUUUAUGAAAAAUCUCAGGCAAUGUUGUCGUCAAUGUAAAGGGUAGAAUGAAGCAACAAAUAAGCAUAUGUUGUCAGUAGUGCAC